GGGGAGGUGGCGUUCCCGCCAUGUCGGAAUCGCGGUCGCAGGACGCCGCCUCGGACUCGGGGCCCGGGAGCCGUAGGAGGACGUGGACCGAGCUGCUGGCGGGAAGGGCCGAGAGGCAACGGCAGGCUCUCGGAAGGGGACACAAGCUGCAGGAAUCAGCCGUGCGCCUCCUGAGACGCCACCUGAAUUUGAACGACCUUUUGCUUGAGGUAGACGGCUCAGCGUGUAAAACUCUGUGUCUCAAUCAGUUGAUGGAUCCUGAGGCCUCUGCUGAUCUUCCUGGUUCAUUCAUAGGCUCUGCUUUACGGGAUCAAGCCUCGAGACUGGGUGUGCCAGUGGCUGUGCUGUCCAGCCGGACAGUGGCCUCCAGCAUUGUGCAGAUCUGUGCGUCCAGUGGCGAGCCCUCCCCCAGGGUGCUGCUGAACGCAGAGCAAAGGAAGAAAAUGUCUUCCUUAUUGGAGGUGGCUCAGCAUUUAUUAGCCCAUAGUAUGUUCUCUCGUUUCUCCUUUUGUCAAGAACUGUGGGAAGUACAGAAUUCUUUGUUGCUUGAAGCUGUGUGGCGUCUUCACAUACAAAACAUUGUGAGCCUGCAGGAGCUGUUGGAAAGUCAUGCUGACACGCGGGCCACGGUUGCGUGGCUCUUCAGGGACCUGUGCCUUCUUUGUGAGCAGAUGGAAGUGUCCACUCAGCACACUGACAUCGCCAGGGCUAUGCUUUCUGAUUUUGUGCAGUUGUUUGUUUUGAGAGGAUUUCAGAAAAACUCGGGUCUGAGAAGUGUGGAGCCUGCACAGAUGGCCCAGCUCGCCAUGGACGUGCUUCAGAGGAUGCUGAUGUUCACUCUUGAGGCUUUGGCCACCGAGCUGCAGGAUGAAUCCCCAGCGUACAGGGCAGUGAAGAGCUGGUUUGGCGUGUUCUGUGGACACACGUAUGGCGCAGCAGUUUCAACAGAUGCGCCAAAGAGAUUUUUCAGUCAUACUCUGACUCAGGUGCUAACUCACAAGCCUGUGCUGAGAGUUUCUGAUGCUGUUCAAAUGCAGAGAGAUUGGAGCUUCGCGAAGACCCACCCUUUGCUAACCAGUCUGUACCGCAGGCUCUUUGCGGUACUGCGUCCAGAGGAGUUGGUUGGCCACUUACAAGAAGUUCUGGAAACACAUGAGGUGAACUGGCAGCAUGUGCUCUCCUGUGUGUCUACACUGGUGAUCUGCUUACCUGAGGCGCAGCAGCUGGUUAAAGACUGGGUGGCCCGAUUGCUGGCCCGUGCGUUCCAGAGCUGCGACCUGGACAGCAUGGUCACUGCGUUCCUGGUGGUGCGUCAGGCUGCACUAGAGGGCCCCUCUGUGUUCCCACCCUACUCAGAUUGGUUCCAGGCCUCCUUUGGGAGCACGAGGGGCUUCCACAGUAGCAGCAAGAAGACAUUGGUCUUUCUCUUCAAGUUCCUGUCAGACCUCGUGCCCUUUGAGGCUCCCCGGUACAUGCAGGUGCACAUUCUCCACCCGCCACUGGUGCCAAGCAAGUACCGCUCCCUCCUCACGGACUAUGUUACGCUGGCCAAGACACGCCUGGCUGACCUGAAGGUUUCAGUGGAGAACAUGGGCCUCUACGAGGAUCUGUCUUCAGGCAGGGACAUCACGGAGCCCCACAGCCAAGCGCACCAGGAUGUGGAGAAGGCCGUUGCGGUAUUCGAACACACAGGGAAGGUUCCUGUCGCCGUCAUGGAGGCCAGCAUCUUCAGGAGACCUUACUACGUGUCUCACUUUCUCCCCGCCCUGCUCACACCUCGAGUGCUUCCGAGAACCCCUGAUUCCAGAGUGGCCUUGAUAGAGUCCCUGAGGAGGGCAGAUAAAAUUCCCCUGUCUCUGUAUUCCACCUACUGCCAAGCCUGCUCCACUGUGGAAGAGAAGAAGCCAGAACAUGCAGCCGCAGGGGUGAAGGCGGAAGCCGGGGGCUGUGCGGAAGAACCGCUGGGACCACUCGCCGCUGCCCUGAGCGAGCUCAGAGCUGCCAUGACAGACCCCUCUCAGUAUGACGUUCUUUCUGCUCACAUGGCAGUUGUCUCUGAAAGGCUCAGCUCCGCCCUGGGCCUGGGCGAGGAGGACGGCAGCUUGGAGGUAUCGCAGGUCCAGCUCAGUAUCCUGGCGCCACACUUGGAGCACCGGGAACAGGAGAUCGCGGACCUCCUGUUGACGUCUUUUUGUCAGAACCUGAUUGCAGCCUCCAGCUUCGCCCCACCAGCCAGGCAGGGCCCCUGGGCUGCUCGCUUCGUGACAGCCAUGUGUGGACGCAGGCUCCUCCCUGUCGUGCUCACCCGGCUUUGCCAACUACUCCGUCACCAGGGCCCAAGCCUGAGUACCUCCCACGUGCUGGGCCUGGCUGCCCUGGUCGUCCACCUGGGCGAGUCCAGGUCUGUACUCCCAGAGGUGCGCGUGGGUUUUCCUGCCCCUGCCAAGAGCCUCCCCAUCCCAGAGUUCUUCAGUAGCCUCCUGACGUUUGGAACCGCAGAGACCUCGCUCUUCUGCCUGAAAUUUUGUACAGCGGUGAUUUCUUACUUUUUGUGUAAGUCUUCUUCCCUGUCGCGAGAUAUUUUGUACAGCUGCUUAUCUCCAGCCCUCAUGAAAAAGUUCCAGUUCGUUAUACUCAGACUGUUCUCAGAAGCCCGGGAACCCCCCUCUCAGGAGGACCCAGCCGGCCUUCCCUGGAGACUCCUGUGCCUGCCGACUGCCGACUGGCAGCGAGCCGCCCUGUGUCUGUGGAAACAGAGAACCUUCCAGGAACUGUUGAAGCAGAAAGAAUUUCACUUAACUUACAGAGACUGGUUACAGCUGGAACUGGAAAUCCAACCUGAGCUUGAUUCUCUCUCACAUACGGAAAGGUGGGACUUCCACCAGUGGGCGAUCCAUGAGCACUUCCUCCCCAAGCCCUCUGCUGCAGGGGGCUGCGAUGGGCAGCUGCAGACAGCGUGCACGGUUCUUGUCGACGUGCUGAUAGACUUCUGCCAAAGUUCGAGGAGUUACAACUGCUCAGAGAAUUUUGAUUUGGUUCUCGGUAGCUGCACAGGAAAUCGGGAUAUUUUUUCCAGAUUGCAGGAGAUGGCUGCUGACCUGGAACAGGGCCCAACAGCAUCCCAGAGUUGCUCUCCUCGGGAGCGCUUCCCUUUCGGAGUGUUCCGCACACGGCUCCAGGCUCUGGCAAGCGGAUGGGAUGUGGCUGCCCGCCUUCAGAGACAGCGGGAGCUGCUUGUAUACAAACGGAUCCUCCUCGGUCUGCCCCCGUCUGUUCUCGUCGGCAGCCCCCAGGCCAAAGAGCCAGCCGCCCCUGACUGCACGGAGUUCUUCCACUUGGUCAACUCUGAGCUGAGAAACUUCUGCUCCCAUGGAAGUGCUCUGACCCAUGACAUCACCGUCCACUUCUUCAGGGGGCUCCUCAGCGCCUGUUCACAAAGCAGAAACCCCUCCCGGACCGCAGACCUGAUCCUGACCGCGUGCCAGACUGAGUGCCCCAUAGUUCUGACCUCUGCUCUGUUGUGGUGGCCACGCCUGGAGCCUGAACUUCGCAGCCGGUGGACGAGAUGUUUCCAGGGCCCACUGCCCCAAGAGCUGCAGAGGCUGUGGGAGGCCCAGCAGUUUGGCAGGAGCUGCCUCUCUCCUGACUCGGCGUCCCCCCCACCGGGCCCGGCCUGGGUCUCUGCUGCUUCACUCCACUUCGCAAUCCAGCAAGCCGGGAAGAACAGCAUCAAGAGCCAGCUAGAGAAGCUGGACUGCCAGAGAGAGGAGCUGCUGGUUGUCCUCUUUUUCUUUUCCUUAAUGGGUCUGCUUUCAUCACAUCUGACCCCACACUUAAGACAUCAGGCUGUGGACUCCCUGAAGGCUUUGGACAUAUGUGCGGAGAUCCUGGGGUGUUUGGAGAAGAAGAAGGUGUCCUGGCUGGUGGUCUUUCAGUUGACAGAGACAGAGGGUGGCCUGGGGCAUGUUCUCCUCCGCCUGGCCCCAGAUCCAUACAUCAGGCUGCUGCCGUUUGCCUUCUACAGCCUUCUCUCCUAUUUUGAUGAUGACGCCGUCCUGAGGGAAGAUGCCUUCCUGCAUGUUGCUGUUGACAUGUACCUAAAGCUGAUCUGUCUCUUCGUGGCUGGGGAGACAAGUGUGGUCUCGGCUCUAGCCGGCAGGAGCCAGGUGCUCCAGGGCCAGGGUGACCCUGUAGGCUUGAUAACAAAAGCUCGUCAUUUUCUGCUGCAGUUGAUACCUAGGUGCCCAAAAAAGAGCUUCUUGAACAUGGCAGAGCUGCUGGCUACCAGUGGACACUGUGACCCGGAAGUGAGUGCCGCCCUCCGGAGCAGACAGCAGGUGCUGCCCGAUGCUGACCUCUACCGGGAGCCCCAUCUCUUCUGACUGGACCCUGCGCAGUGCACAGCCCAGCUCCUUGAGUGCUCCAAAUUGCUUAAAAAUGCCACCUGGCUGGGACUUCAUCAACUAUGUACAUUUGAAGCCUGUUUUCUUAAAGAGAAACUUUACAUCUAUUUAUUUGAGUAAAAAUUCUUGGAGGAAGCCACAUCAAUAAAGCUCCAUAGAUCACUACUGCCACUUGGCAAAUAAAUUUCUUACACUCUUGAACAAAAACUGAACAGUCAGUUCUACUCCUGGACCUGGGCUUGGGGUGGUGGCCAGGAGCUUCUUCCUCCCUGCCAUCCCACCUGCUCAACUACGAACGCCCACACAGACUGGCUUUCUCCCCUACUAGGUACAAUGCACCCUUAUAGUUUACAGUCUAUCCUCUUUGGUGUCCUAAAAAAAAACUUGCUACUGGUUAUGACCAUUGGCGUCUGAGUUGAGACACAGCUUGAAGACCCAAUUUAAGGGAAUUGUUUGUGUCAGGAGAUGUCCAAGAAGGCUCAGAACAAAACACACAGGAAAAUAAAUGGUUUCACAGUGAAACCAACCAAUAAAUCUGUCCAACAAUAAAACGGACAAAUCUGGGUAAAAAAAGUAAAUAACUUUCUAUAGUAAGGUAUUUUAACAAAAACAAGCACAAUUCCCGUUCAGGGAUAAACAGAGAUGCACUCCACUGGUCUUUUAAAGGGGGUGACACCAGUUCAGGAGAGCAGCUCUGUGGAGAGAAGCAGCGGGUACGGGCGUCAGUACACGUGCAGUUCUUGUGCUUCUAACGCGGGUGGGAGGGAUCGUGUCGUUAAAAUUAGAGGGGAAUCAAAAUUGUGAGGAAUGCACACGAGCCGGGGGUUGAAAUACGUACGCAGAGAAUGGAUGGGGAGAGGAAGAGGGCCCUAGGCUCACCUCGUUCCACAGACACUACUUAGGUAAUUACCACAUCAUCCCAAAUGCCCCAGAAACCGACCUGAAGACUGGCAGAACGAACUCCACAAGUAAAGGUAGAGAGAAGGAGGGAGUCACUUUUGUGGAGAAGAGCAAGAGACUGACUAAGCUCACAGGGAAAAGGGAUUCCCACAGCAGCUGGCUUGGAAAGCCAGGGGGGCUGAGGGGCUGAGCGUCCCCGAGUCCUUGCAGCCAUGGGGGCUUCAAGCCUGGAGUUGUAACGGUCAGCGGGCUUGUCUCAGGGGCACAGCCCAGAGGGCACGGUGCUGCUCUUGGGGAGAAGGCAAGCAAACAGCCCGUGGACAUACGCGAGUAUCUGUGUCCGGGGCACACGGGGGCCGGGUGGGGGCGGGGGGUGGAGGUCAUUUGCUCAUCUCAGAGGGCGUCCCAGAGAGACCCCUCUAAGAACAAGGAACAGCAGGUUCCCUUUACCUCCCCCGCCCCUCAGCAUAAACACAGGGCCAACUUGGGAGCCAGCAGAACACAGACCACACCGCUCCCUCACGCCCGUGGAACCCCCCCUUCCCGUCCCCUCUGGCCUCAGUCCCAGCCCAGCAGGGCCCUUCUCCCAGAAGACCGGCCCAAAGCCCUGCUCACACCACGUUCCCCAGCCCCGGAGUUGCGGAGUCCGUGGCGACAGGUCUCGCUCACGAACAGACCAGAGCAUAGCUGGUUGAAAUGCACCAUAUUCAGACCAAACGCGGCCCACAACAGGCAGAGAGAGCCUCUACAGAUGAGUGGCCUGAAGGCUAAAGUGUCCAGGACACGAGCAGGGCACACCCCACACACUGGAGACACUCCCUGAAGCGCCGGGCCCUCCAGGACUUCGUCAGGCCACUACCCCCAAGAACACACGGAAGUAGGCACAGAGACGCAACAUGAGAACCAACAGGAAGAGGAAACCCUCAAGUGCGGAUGAUGCUUGUGCAUGGGGGUGCUUCCUGUCUUCUCUGUGCUUGCUUUUUACAAUUUCUACAAUGAGCAUGGGUUACUUUUAUAAUCGAAAAGCAUAUAAUGUUAUUUUUUAAAAGUAAUGAUAAAACCACCACAAUAAACCUGCAGAAAGGCA